UGCUUGCAUAUCAAGGUCGCCAUUUUGCAGGAAAGUUUGGGAAUUUCGGGCACACUAGAAGAAAGAGGAAGUGGUGCGCUGAAGAAGUUUGGAUUCCGGACGUGUGCGGAUCCGAGACGCCAGUGAGGGGGGAACGGGAGAGAUGUAUGAACGGGAACCGUCUGCGUGUGAACUUUACCUGCACUUCAGCAGGGAUUAUUAGUACUUCUGCCUAUUCUACCACUUCCUUUGCAACAGAUCGGAAACCGUUUUUCCAAAUCUUUGUUAUGCGAUCUGCUGAUUUACUCCAUUCAUUCGUUCUGCAUAAAGUUGGUCAGAGUUGAGAGUUGUUUGAAAGUGUCCACGGGGGUCCUGCCGCAUCUUGACAGGGUUAUGAGUGAAGCGGUCACUAACAGUUUUAUUGGAUUGGAGGAUUGUUGAUAUCGAGCUUUCACAUGUCAGUCUGACCCGGUCAGCGAUCACCGGUGAUUGUUGAUCACAACGAAAUCGAAGGGACGCGAGUGAAAGUGAAAGUGAUCAGUCAUUCAUUCCAAUGGUUUACAGCAGUCGCCCUUUAACAGUUGUGGGACUUUGAAUCUUUGAGUCUUGAUCAUGCCAGUGAGAAAGAAAGAUGCUCAGAGGGCACUGCAGCUUCUGGAGGAAUACCGAGCGAAACUCAGUCAGACUGGAGACCCUCAUCUCAGACAUUCAAUUGAGAGAGUCAUAAAUAUAUUUCAGAGUACACUCUUUCAGUCCCUCAUAGAUAUCCAGGAAUUUUAUGAAGUGAGCCUCCGGGAUAAUGAGGAUAAGCCCAUAGAGCCGUCAAGCCUUAAAACCAGGGAACCUUUUCCUCCAGUUAAUGAAUGGAAUUUCACUGGCCCUCCCAGUACCAUUGGACCAACAGAAACUGUGCCCAGUGUCAAUGCCCAAAGCAAAGAGAAAUACCGAUAUCAGGAUGAGGAUACCACGUCGCCUCCAGAACACAGCUCUCCACACCUACCAGGAGAUGUGCGUCCUCCUGAGCUGGUGCAGGUGUCGGAGAAGAGCAUCUCCCAGAUUGAGAAUGUACACGGCUAUGUUUCCCAUUCCCACAUCACUCCUAUGAAGGUAGAGUCUCUGGAGUGCGUUUUUGAUGGGUCGUCUGCGUUAGGAGGUGAGGAGGUCCCAGCCCCUGCCUUUGCCACACUAUACUCUCAAAGUGACACAUUGAUGCAGCAGGCAGAUGUCAUUGCUCCCUCUGCUCCCAUAAUCCCUGUGAUCCCUAUCUCACCCGUCCCAGCCGAGACCACUUCCAUCCCUGCACCCACGUCACAGGCAAGCCCAGCACCAGUGGUGGUGAACACAGAAAGCCUUGACACCUCGCCCUAUGUGAAUGGAACAGAAGCUGAUUAUGAAUAUGAAGAAAUUACACUUGAACGGGGGAACUCGGGCCUGGGUUUCAGUAUUGCAGGCGGUACAGAUAACCCCCACAUCGGUGAAGACCCAAGCAUCUUUAUCACCAAGAUCAUCCCAGGAGGAGCUGCCGCACAGGAUGGCAGACUCGGAGUUAAUGACUGUAUACUGCGGGUAAAUGAUGUAGAUGUGAGAGACGUAACUCACAGCAACGCUGUGGAGGCACUAAAAGAGGCAGGCUGCAUUGUUAGACUGUACGUCAGAAGAAGAAAAGCUGUCACGGAAAAAAUAAUGGCUAUAAAGCUGGUGAAAGGUCCUAAAGGUUUAGGUUUCAGUAUAGCCGGAGGAGUUGGAAACCAACAUGUUCCUGGGGACAACAGUAUUUAUAUCACCAAAAUCAUUGAGGGAGGAGCGGCCCACAAAGAUGGACGGCUACAGAUUGGAGAUAAACUUCUGGCUGUGAAUGCUGUUUGCCUUGAAGAGGUCACUCAUGAAGAUGCCGUGGCUGCCUUGAAAAACACCCCUGAUGUCGUCUAUUUAAAAGUGGCGAAGCCCACUAGUGUCUUUAUGAAUGAUAUUUACGUUCCUCCCGAUGUCACCAGCUCCUAUUCCCAGCACAUGGAGAACCAUAUCAGCACCCAAAGCUAUCCGAGUCAGCCAUUAACCCCCGCCACCCAAUCUCGGUACUCUCCUAUCUCAAAAGGCAUGCUGGGAGAUGAUGAGAUCACAAGGGAGCCUAGGAAAAUAGUCCUGCAUCGGGGCACCACAGGACUAGGCUUCAACAUUGUAGGAGGAGAGGAUGGAGAGGGAAUCUUCAUCUCAUUCAUAUUAGCAGGAGGACCUGCAGACCUGUGUGGAGAAUUAAGGAAAGGAGACCGUAUCAUCUCUGUAAAUGGGGUGGACCUCCGCAGUGCAACGCACGAACAGGCAGCUGCAGCACUUAAGAAUGCUGGACAGACUGUCACCAUCGUGGCUCAGUACAGACCUGAAGAGUACAGUCGAUUUGAAGCCAAAAUCCAUGAUCUACGGGAGCAGAUGAUGAACAGUAGUAUAAGUUCAGGCUCUGGCUCAUUGCGGACUAGUCAGAAGAGGACCCUGUAUGUCAGGGCCCUGUUUGAUUAUGACAUAACGAAAGACUCCGGCCUGCCCAGUCAGGGGCUGAACUUCCGCUUCGGCGACAUCCUACAUGUCCUGAAUGCUUCGGAUGAGGAGUGGUGGCAAGCGCGGCAUAUGACUCCAGAUGGCGAGAUGGAGGAGAUGGGCGUCAUUCCCAGCAAGAAGAGGGUGGAGAGAAAAGAAAGAGCCAGGUUAAAGACGGUUAAAUUCAACUCCAAGUCUCGAGACAAAGGGCAGUCGCUCAAUGACAAGCGUAAAAAGAACCUCUUUUCGCGAAAAUUCCCUUUCUACAAGAACAAGGACCCCAGCGAACAGGAAACAAGCGAUGUGGAGCAGCAUGUAACUUCUAAUGCCAGCGAUAGUGAAAGUAGUUACCGUGGACAGGAAGAGUAUGUCCUCUCGUAUGAAACAGUCACGCAACAGGAAGUGAGUUAUGCUCGUCCAGUGAUUGUCCUUGGACCCAUGAAAGACCGGAUUAAUGAUGAUCUAAUCUCGGAGUUUCCGGACAAGUUUGGAUCGUGUGUUCCCCGAUUUCCUUAA